AUGGUCUUAUUAGAAUUAGUACUUCUCGGUGUCAUACAAUCAGCGACAGCAGCUAUAUUCGAUGGUAUCAUUCAUCGAGCAUCCGAUGGUACUUCUUAUGCGUACCUUGCUCCGCCACUCAAAGGCAACCAUGCUUCGUCUAUUGAGAAACUCACACCCUCGGACACUCUAGCUAUCGCAUGGUUUACCGGUGGUGAAGGAACACCCAAUUGUUCCAUUGCAGUCUCGCUUCUACAACGAGGAUCUCAGCAAUUCACUCCCGGUGUCAUUGUUAGCGAACGAGUCAAUUAUUCCAAUCAAAAUCCAGUCCUUUACUGGGACAGUCAAACACAAAUACUCCAUCUCUAUCAUUCUUCGCAAUUGGGAAAUGCAGGUGAAACGAAUUCUGAACUUUGGCAUGUUCAAAGUGCAGAUCGAGGUGCAACCUGGUCCCAACCUGAAUCGUUCUAUACAGUAGCUGGCGCCUUUGAUCGAAACCGUAUCAUACCAACAUUCAACAAUAAUGGUCUCAUUUUCCCAUGUUAUAACUCUUCACCAGACACGGACUAUUCAUUUAUACUUCGAUCGUCGUCGCCAUCGUCCGGAUGGACUCGAAUUGACAUGACAGCAAGUGAUGAACUCAUUCAACCAACAAUUGUUCGAAUAAAUAAUUCUCCAAAUCUACGCGCCUUCUAUCGAGACGAAAACAAUGUUGCUAUCUACUAUGCUGACAGUUUCGAUGACGGUUUAACAUGGUCUAAACCUUUACAAACAGUCUUGCCAAAUAAUAACGCCGGCAUAGAAGCUUACGUAUUAAAAAGCGGUGCAAUCAUCAUGUCGUUUAACAACAUCAACGGUACGAAACAUCCACGAUCACCACUCACUGUAGCGCUUUCCUACGACAAUGGAGUGACAUGGCCGUACAAACGAGAUGUUCAAGUUCAUAAUGACGACAAUAGUACCAUUGUUGGUGAAUAUUCCUAUCCGUCGAUUUUACAAAGCGAUUGGACUGAAAGUGAUGAUAAUGAUAUUCACUUGGUAUACACAUAUGAAAGACAAACAAUCAAAUAUGUUCGAUUGAAUGAAAAAUGGAUUCGACAAGGACAAAAUAUGCUUUAG